UAAGAACAAAACUUAGGUUCACCCCCUAGGGUGAACCUUUAAAUUCACCUCACCUCUAAGAACCAAUCAUAAUGCCACAUAGAUUAAUGGAUAAAAACAAUUAAAUAAUUUUUUAAAAAUCAAAAUAGUUAAAAAUAAUAAUAAUAACGCUAAUUUUAACGACGUUAAAAACGCCAACUAAACCCUAAAUCCAAACCGUAACCUUAAACCCGAAACUCUAAACACUAAACCUGAACUCUAUACCUUAAAACCCAAACUUAAACCCAAACCCUAUACCCUAAAUCCAAACCGUAACCUUAAACCCUAAACUCUAAACCUUAAACCCAAACUCUAUACCCUUAAACCCAAACCUAAACCCUAAACCCAAAUCCUAUACCCUAAAUAUAAACCCUGUACGUUAAAACCUAAACCCUAAACCCAAAUACUAUACCCUAAAAUCCGAACCUAAAUCCAAACCAUAUACUCUAAAUCCAAACCCUAUACCUUAAAACCUAAACCCUAAACCCUAAACCCAAACUAUAUACCCUAAAUUCAAACUCUAGAUCCUAAAUUCUAAACCCUAAACCCUAGACCUUAAAUCCUAAACCCAAACCUUAAAUCUUAAAUUUAAACCAUAAACCAUAAAUCCAAACCCUAUAUCCUAAACUCAAAUCCUAGACCCUAAAUCUAAAUUGUAAAUCCUAUACCCAAAUCCAAAACUAAAAUAUUUAGAUUAAUGUUGAUAUUGUUCUUUUAGAAUUUAAGGUUUGGAUUUAGAAUCUACAAUUUAAGUUCAUGAUUUAGGGUAUAGAAUUGGGUUUAGGGUUUAAGGUUGAAUUUAGGGUCUAAUGUUUGGGUUUAGGAUUUAAGAUCUAGGGUUUAUAGUUUAGGGUUUAGAGUUUGGGUUUAGGGUAUAGAGUUUGGAUCUAGGGUUUAGGUUUUAAGGUAUAGGGUUUGGAUUUAGAGUAUAGGGUUCGGGUUUAGGGUAUAGAAUUUGGGUUUUGGGUUUUGGGUUUAGGUUUUAGGGUAUAUGGUUUGGAUUUAGGGUAUAGGUUUGGGUUUAGGUUUGGGUUUUAGGGUAUAGAGUUCGGGUUUAGAUUUAGGAUUUAGGGUUUAGGUUUGGAUUUAGGGUUUAGUUAAGGUUUUUAAUAUCGUAAAGUUGACGUUAUUAUUAUUAUUUUUUAAUUAUUUUAGUUUUUAAAAAAUUAUUUAAUUGUUUUUAUCCAUUAAUCUAUGUGGCAUUAUGAUUGGUUCUUAGAGGUGAGGUGAAUUUAAAGGUUCACUCUAGGGGGUGAACCUAAGUUUUGUUCAAUAUCCUCCAUACACAACUCAACAAUUUAUUCGUAUUAUAAAAGAAAAGGGGGACAAGAAGGACAGAGGAUGAGCAUAAGGUCAUCAUAUUUGCAUGUUAAUCGUCAGAAGGGAAACAUUAUCUCAACUAAACUAAUACUUAUUUACAUAAGAGGUGAUUAAGUGGUGAAUAAAGUACGUACCCUAACGAGCUAACACCAAAUAAAAUAACACUAGCUUGUCAUUAUGGGCACAUGAGGUCGCACGUGUUUGCUUUGGGAUCACCGCCUCACGUGAUUCAAGGAAGCCAAACUGAACCAAAAACAAGGAAUUGUUGAAGUUAAGCACGACGAUAACAUUCGUAUGUAUCAUCAAACGAAUAACCAGAGGUUCUCUUGUUUCACAGAAAGGAAUAAAAGGCAAAGUAAAACUACUACGAAAGCCUCUAGGCUCUAACUAUAAAGAGAGCUUCGAGAGAAAGAUGAGUGCACCGUAUCCGUACGUCGAUGUACUGAACCACGACAUGCAUGGCCCACUAAGCACCGUCACAUUCUCUCUACUCUCGUUUUGCUCGCUGAAUCACAUAAUUUAAACAUGCUUUGAUUUUGUUGCAAAUAUUUUGUAUUCUAUUUAUCUUUUUAAAUUCAUAUUGUGUUCUAAUUUCCUUGUUAGCAAUGCUGUGUUCCUUAGCUUUUUUCCUCUUCUAUUAUAAAGUAAUUUUUCAAUAAUACUUGAAUAAAAUUUAAUCUAAAAUAUACCAGUAUACGUUCUUUUCUUUGAAAACCGAUUUUAUGAAUUUAUAAUUCUGUCUGGUUUCAAAGUUUCAAAUCAUAUUUAAAAAAAAACGUUGAAAUCUUAUCGGCCGCUGGAUACAUAUAUUGUUGCUUAGUCCUACGGUUAAGUAGUACGUAUAUGCAAUUAAUUUAGGAACUCCUGGAAUUGAAACUUCUAAUUCAUGGCAACAAAAUAACAUAAACAUUUAAAACUUUUCACUAUUCAUAGUUUCAACUUGGUAACCGGAUAAGGUUCAACACAAAUUACUUUUUCGCAAGAAACACCACACAAAUUUCCCUAUGUAACUUUUGCCUACUUGCGAUUCUUUAACAACGAAUAAAAUAUAUUAUAUGGGGGUCUACGAAAGGAACCUUCUGAAUGGGACAGAAAUUGCCAGUUGGAUAAACUGUUGUCGGUAGUAAACAAAAAUAAUAAAAGUUGAAUAAAUCAAUUUAUCUCAGUUGGCUCCUCCUCUCGUUCCGUGCCAUAUUUGUUUUCAGAAGUGAAUGGUCGAACCCCUUAUACUAUAGCCAAUGCUUGAAUAUAUUGCAAUCGCCUUAGUAUACACUAUUGAAUAACAUAUUGUAAACAAUAUAUGUUGUAACCUAAAGAAACCUAGCUAGCAUUCUGACGCUCCAAUACUUUCUAAUAUAAAUUAAGAGUAAAUACACAAAAAAAAAAUCUAAAAAAAAAACCCAAAAAAUAACAUUACAUGUUCUGAGUUUUCAUAGUCGACUAAUACUCAAAGCUUAAUAGCAAUCGAAGCUUUGCAGAAAAAAAAAUUGCUCUGAAGAAUUAUCCGCCACACUUCUCGGGUUUUUUACCUUCUUCAUGGCUUCCUCUUCUGUCAUGAACUUUUCAUCUUAGAGGCACGUGAAGGUGAGAACCGUCCUCACAUGGAGGCACGUGGUCUUGCUAAUUUAUCUUUAUUUUUCACUGGUAUCUUUAGCUUCAGAACUUCUAUAUGGAUAGGCCAAUAAUUAAAAUUGUCGGCUCGUAUCAAAAAUCACUAAUUUAUCUGCCGAGAACUCUAUUUUUAUUCACCAACAACUCCUUCAGUCUUCAACACAUCUAAAUAUUAUAGGUUAAUAGUGGACUACAGUCCAGUCUGGUUGGAUCGGAUACUAUACAAAUGUAUCAUGCCAUAUAUGAUAUAUCUUUCACUAACAAUACAUAUUUGGUAAAUCUUGUUCGUAUAUAAAUUAUUGUCAUUCUUGUUCACUUCAGAUUUUUAAACGGUAACUAUCUAGAAAAUUUAUUUAACAAAUUAUCAAUAAAUAAAAAUUAGGUAUAUGGAGUUACUAAAAACAAGCGAAUUGAACUGAAUAAACCAAACCCGAAAACUAAAACUGUAUUCUCCAUAUACACAAUUACUGUAAAUUUAAGAGAAUUUACAUUUUAUCAUUUUGAAUGGCAAAUGUUUUUGUUCGUAUGCAAUUAUUUGAUUAAUGGGAUUAAGGUUUGUGAAAUACACACAUGCACUUCAACUCGUUGCGGUACUAUUAUUCUGCGGGCGUUCAGUCAAUUUACAUACGAUUCGUCAUAACCAAAAAAAAAGUACAGAUCAAACCACCGUGAAAAAAGUCAGCCAAUGUUCAAAACCUUACAAACCAUAUAUACUCUUUAAACUUAUUAACACGCCUUCCAACGUACAAUUUUCGAAUAAAGAGAGAAUAAAACAAAGAUGCAUUUCACCGUCAGGUUUGUUGGUCGUUACCAAAUUGGUGUAAAGUACCUAAUCGAAAUCGUGGAAUAGUGGAAUAGUGUAUAAGCAUGAUGUGCUAUCUUGUUCACCACGCUGUUAUAAAUAGGAAGACUAAAAUGAAAAGAAGAAAGAGAUAUCAAGAGAUGAGAUUAAAGUUCUAGUUUCUUGUCGAUAAGGGUCCAAGUUCGCACCAUGUCACUAAAAGCCGAAGCAAAGUAGGAUCUGAAGAUACAUUGUUGAUGGAAUAUAUGUUCUGGUUGCAUAUACACGUAAUAUGUAUGAUGUACCCUAACAAUCCAAUUUGCAUAUUUUUCUUAGAUUAUACUUAUAUAAUAUAUAGCCAAAAGAAGAUAUAUCUACCCGAAAUUAUUAUGAUGAUUGGCGGUGCUAGAUGGUUACUGAGAACAAGAUAGAGAUAGAUGCAUACAUGUAUAGUUCUGCUUUGGCCGAAUAUGAUAACAAUGUUCACAACAACUGGUUCCCUAUUUUUAUAUCAUGCAUGUGUCAUGUACAUACGAGUAAUUAUAUAAUUUAAAAUGAGAAAUGAAUAAAUACAGAAGCAACGAGCAAUGCGUGAAAGAGACAUAAGAAGAAGAUAAAUGAUAAGAAAAAAUAUACACAAAAAGAGGGCCAAAGGAAUUUAUAGAACCAAAGUGCAAUGCACUUCGGAUCGUCGGUCGACUCAUCUCCUUGAUUGUCUCCAUCCAUUUUCCCAUUUCCCACUACAUUAAUUCGUGCUUUUUAAAAUACUAUAAAAAAUAAUGAGUCGCUAGUAGAUCAAGAAAUAUUAUCAAACCUGUUUCAUAGAAUAAUGAAAACAUGCUAGUUCGAUAAAGCGAAUGGUGUGUUAAAACAUUUUAUGUAUGCUCAACUCUACAAGGAUCGAAAUCACACGCCCAUCUCGGUGAAGCUGUUUUUAUCACAAAAUGCGAAAAUAUUACUGUAAGCCUAGUCGAGCAUAGUCGUCACUCGGCCGGGAUGUUGCCCGAUAGUUCUCAAUGGCUAAUUUUAGUACAAAUUAACAUAAUAUAUUUUCUUCUAAGACACAUUUUAACACAACUAUUUUUUUUUAAUUAAUAUGUUUUAUUUAGUUUAAUUAAUAAUCUAAGAGACGAGUUUAGGUCUCGUAUUUUAAGUGAUUUUCGUUUUUUUUUAAAUCAACAAUUAUCUAAAUUUUUGGUUUAAAAGUCAGUUUCCCUAAAAUGUAGAAAACUAGUUUUGUCUUGGGUUUCUUAAUUUAUAUGAGAAAGUAAAAACAGGAAGAUAAAAUCAUCAAAAACUUUAAACAAAAGUCUACUUUCACACACAACCUUGUUUUUUUUAAUUUCUUUGUUUUGGUUGUUUUUCAUUUUUGAUAAAAAAAAGUGGUUUAUUCUGUUUACCUAGAACCCAAACAUUAUAAAUAAUCUUUUUUAACGUGGAUUGAAUCUGAACAGCAAAAAAACUAUUAGAACUCCUUUUAUCGCUAGGUUUUGGUAGUUUUUUAUUGAACAGAGCAGAAAACACAAACGAAUAAAUUUGAUUUAGAGAUUCCUAAACUAAACUAAGCCAAAAUAGUGUAAUUUCUUUUAUAUAGUUUACACUUCCUUGCUUUCUCAAACUCACACUAAGUAUUAUCAUUAUGCAUUGGAGAGAUGUAAAACAUGGUUGUUGUGUUAUCUACUCAAUGUAAACAAAUCUAUCGCUUUUUGCGAAAUAGAUUGCUCUCCUUCAAUCAAAACAGGAUUUUGUAUAUUUUUAAAACUUAAAAUUCGGUUGUAUUUCGUAUAAAUAUACACUAAUUAAGUUCAGUGAUAACUAAUCCCCGGGUAGCAAUAUAUUUUGUAAAUAGCACAUGCAUGCUCAAAGAAAAUGUAGACAGAAUUAAAUUUAAAUAAAAAAAAUAAAAAAAAAAUUAAAGGGAAAGGGUCAGGUCAGUCUCGGUGCAUGUUAACUCAAUGCACGUUCUCGUCCCCCGUCCUUUUCUUAAACUCUCACACACUCUCACUCUCUAUUAAAGCCCCUGAACCAGUGACCACCACUUACUGAGUGAGCAAGUACGAGUCUUGAGUCAAACCCCUCCCGAGUCAAGUAAUAAUGGACGUCUACGGCUUAUCUUCACCGGACUUGCUUCGUAUCGACGACCUUCUCGACUUCUCCAACGACGAAAUCUUUUCAUCUUCCUCCACCGUCGCUUCCUCCGCCGCUUCUUCGUCGGAAAACCCUUUUAGCUUCCACGCUUCUCCGCCUCCUCCUCCUCCUCUCCUCACCGACUUCACUCACGAUCUCUGCGUUCCGAGCGACGACGCGGCUCAUCUCGAGUGGCUAUCACGCUUCGUCGACGACUCGUUCUCCGAUUACCCAGCGAAUCCACUAACCGUGAACGUCAGGCCCGACGCGUCGUUCACCGGAAAACCUAGAAGCCGUCGAUCAAGAGCCCCGUCGUCGCCUUCCCUUGCCGGAACCUGGGCUCCGAUGCCGGAAUCCGAGCUUUGCUACUCCGUCGCGAAGCGCAGCCCUAGCAAGAAACUGGAAGUUGAAUCGGUGACGGCGGAGGGCGGCGGGGGGAGGAGGUGCACGCACUGCGCGUCGGAGAAGACGCCGCAGUGGAGGACGGGACCGCUCGGGCCUAAAACGCUUUGCAACGCGUGUGGAGUCCGUUUCAAAUCAGGGAGGCUCGUGCCGGAGUACAGACCGGCGUCGAGUCCGACGUUUGUGCUGACUCAGCAUUCGAACUCUCACCGGAAAGUUAUGGAGCUCAGGCGGCAGAAGGAGCAGAUAGAAUCGCGUUUCCAGCCGCAAUAAUAAUUCGCGUUUGCGUUAGCGUCGGUACGGUUUCUUUUGGGGGUUUCUUUGGAGGGUUUUUGGAAGUCACGGAGUUUGGUGACGUGUCGUAAUCGUGACGGCGAUGGUCACGUGACCGAUGGAAAGCUUAAGGUCUAAAUGUUAUUGUUAGUUUGAAAUCGAACUCUGCUAAUCACGUCAUUAAUUUUUGUUAGUAGUAUUCAUUUGAAUUUUUUUUUCCUUUUCAACUGGUUUUUCGUUUCUACUUAAAAGUUAUUGCAUUAAAUGAUUUUAUUGGCUGCAUUUAAUCUUCUCCCUUUCAGUUA